UAGACGUACGCAAUCGAACGGGACGCUGGCAGCGAGGCAGUUCUGCUGGAAGCGGUUAUGCAGGGGGGCAGGGGCAGGGAGGAUGCAGGAGAGAGAGGCCCUAUUCGGGACGGCGGGUGUGGCCGACAGGGGGAAGAGACCCUGAGGGGGGUGUCUCGCAGGUUCGCUGAGUUGGGCAGGCGAGCGCCAGGAGGCAGACAGAUCUCAGUUCAAUCCAGCCCAGGUUCCUCGCCGUCGGGUGGGGCAGCUCUGCCGGAUCAGUGAUGCGGAGGAGAGCGAGCUUGCUGGACCAGUUUCUCGCCUGUCGCCGGCCGUCAAAAUAGAUUCCGAAUUGUCGCAGAAGUUGGAAAUAGAGAGAGCGUGAAACCACCCCAAGUUCGGCGGCAACGAAAAGUCUAAGCGCGCGCUGAAGUCUGGCCGAUGCACACUCCAAUCGCAAUUUCGCUCUCGUCCUCUCCAGCGGUAUAUCUCUGCUGCUUUUUGGGGUUUACGAUUCCGGUCUAUCGAAAGCGGAUGACUCGACGCAGCCGUCCAAGCGAGAGAGGCGUUCGCGAAACCGCACGGAUCGAGCAAUGGCUGCGAGAGCUGACGUGGAUACACCUGUGCCGAGGACGUCGAGCCGGACUAGCAGACAGUGCAGAGGGGGACAGGUGGUGGCGAUGGGCUAAAUCAACUAAGCAGCUGGGCUGGGCUGGGAAGCCAAGUGUCGACUCGUCGUCCUGCGCAGCGAAUGAACGGCACCCGACGGGCUCCGAGCCUGUAAGACGCAGCGGGCUCCGGGAUUUGGCGGGGUCUAGGAAAAGCCGAGGAGGAAAAACGAGGGAGAUGUGCAGUCACGAGGACAGGCGAGAGGACGUACAAACCCUGGCAAUACCGCGGCGAGCGGGAUCGAGCGUCGGAUGGCCGUGUGACGGUGACCGGUCUUUAUCUGGCGUGCGUCUGCUGUCGGUGCUCUCUGCUGGUGUGGUAUCCCCCGGGGACCGGAGCCGAAGUGGGUGUGGUAUUCGCUGCUACUUAUAACCAGAAGGAGGCGGUCGGGCAGGCGACGAGUUGCAGAGAGAUAUGGCCUCUCAAAUCAUUAAUUGCCGAGCGAGGCGUAGGGGUGGGUUGGCGACGACGGUGAUAGACU